ACUGUACAGAUGGACUUUUUGCACUCUUCCACACUUGACCCUGUGGGCAACCAUGGGGUGGAAAUGCAAAUGGUCCUGUUAAUGCUCACACCCACCCAGCCAACCAUGAAACAGUAAUUGAGACUACAGGCAGGGCCGAGAAGAAAUAUUCUGGAGGUGGCACUGUGGCUUCCUUCUUCAGCUAAACGAGGAAGAUUCAGAUCUUCACCAGGAGAAUUCAGAGGACACUGUCAUCAGAGCCUGCCUCAUGCUGCCAGGCCCAGGCCUCUGAGGGACAAUGUCAUCCUCUAUCUUGAGGCACCUCCUCCUACUGGCUUGCUUGUGCUUCCUUGUUCCUAGCUCCCAGGCUGAAGAUGAUGAAGUGGAUGCAUCUGUUCAUGACCAUGAGCAUCGUAAAUACAUGGUCUGCCACAAUAUCCUCUACAAGGCCAUUGACUUCACCUUUGAUUUGUACCAGGAGCCAGCCAGUUGGUCAAAAACCACUAAUGUCUUAUUGUCCCCAAUGAGCAUUGUGGCUGCCUUUGCAAUGAUCUCCCUGGGGACCAAGGGCGAUACUCACACGGAGAUCCUGAAGGGCCUUAAGUUCAACCUGAGAGAGAUGCCUGAGACUCACAUCCACCAUUGCUUCCAGCUUCUCCUCCACCUCUUGCAGCAUCCAGACCAGCAGCUCCAGCUGACCAUCAGCAGCAGCCUCUUUGUCAGUGACCAUCUGAUGCUCAUGAGUAAAUCUGUGCAGGAUGUCAAGGAGCUGUACCACUCGGGAGUCAACUCCAUCAAUUUCAGGGACAUUCAGUUCACCAGCAAACAGAUCAAUAAUUAUGUGGAGAGAGAAACCCAUGGAGAAAUAGUGGAUUUGGUCAAAGAUCUGGAGGAAGACACAGAUCUCAUGCUGGUGAAUUAUAUUUCUCUCCAUGGCAAAUGGACUGUUGAGUUCCAGGUUGAAUACACCGUGGAAGAGGACUUCUAUGUAGACGAGGUGACAAGCAUCAGGGUGCCCAUGAUCCAUCGCCUGGGUAUAUUUUUACUGAACCGGGAUGAGGAGCUGUCCAGCUGGGUGCUGGUCCAGCAGUCUGUGGGUGACACCAUGGCCUUCUUCUUCCUGCCUGACCCAGGGAAGAUGCAGCAACUGGAAGAAGGACUGACUCAGGAACACUUUGAUAAUAUACUCAGAACCACUGAGAAAAGAUUUGCCAGGAUUCAUUUCCCCAGACUUUCCAUUUCUGCAACGUAUGAUCUGAGGAGCAUUCUGAGCGCAAUGGGCAUCACCAAGAUCUUCAGCGAUGAAGCUGACCUCUCAGCGAUGACGGAGGUGUCAUCCAUCAAACUCUCCACGGGAGGAAAACACCAACCUUCUGCUCUUCCUGGGGAAAGUGGUGAAUCCCAUAGAGCAGUAACUGCUUCAGUCCCUCCUUGGCCCAUUAAAAAGGUGCUGAUCUGGCCUUGCCUACAUGUGACCCAUUAAUUCCUCCCCCUGUGUCUGAGUCUCCCUUUGUGCACUGAGUUCAUGAGUGGACCAGGUCACCGUGUGUCUCAGUGUCCCUGCACCCAUGCAUGAGAUCCCUGUGCAGCCUGUGCAGGGAGGGACAACUGUGGCCGCAUCCUCAUCCUACAGCCCUGGGCCUCUCUGCUCCUGAGAUUUCCAGUCUGGCCUGGGAAUCAGAAGGGGAUUGUGUGUCUCAGAUGCCAGCCUGAAGCCCCAGAAUCCAUAAGCCUCCUCUGUCCCCCAGUAAACCCCAAUGCACACAGCCCCCACUGUCCACACUGGAGCCCCCUGUAGGUCUAGGCCCAGAAAGAUGUGAACUCAUGAUUUCCUCUCAACAGCUCCCUGCAGAGGCUCUGGGAUGACCACAGGCUCCCUCCUACCCACGCUAGAGGUGGCCUGGCACCACCUGGCUGUGUGGACACAGCUGGGUCAGGGAGGACAGCGAGGGCCUCAGGUGACAGCAGAACAUUGCACACAGACUCUGCCCAGGCUCAGCAGAUGCCCCAGGCUCAAACCAGCACAGAAAGUCCCUCGUCACAAAGGAAUUGAGUGUCCCCAUACUCUUUAUGUGGCCUGUAAGUUCCCAAGGCCUGAGACUGUGUGGGGGACAGUCAGCGAUGUGUGUCCAGCCACAGCCUGCAUGCCCUGCUCAGUAAGUACUGCUCCAGUGGCCUCAGCUGUCAGGGUGGGUGCUGUGAGCCUCCCUGCAGGGUUCAGCCUCCCUGCCACUUCAUAUGGGGAAACUGAGGCACAAUGCAGGUCCUAGGGCAGGACCAAGACCUGUACAUAGGCAGCUGUAUCUUAAAUGCCCUUCUAGGCAGUACGUGGGGUGGGUAAAGCGCUCACCCUUUAGCUCUCAGCACACAAUAGGCCCAAAGGGUGAGCACUGGGGAGGGUUCUGGCUUAAUGCCUCUUCCUCCUUGUGGCACCUCCUAGGCCUGGUUGGGCCCUGCAC